AUGAACAGCAAUGGGCAACCACCACCACCAGCAUCGAUGCCUUUCCAAGGUCAACCUGGUGCUCCUCGUCCACCACCACCAUUCAUGCCAGGACCUCCAUUACCACCCAACUGGCAAAUGACUAUGACUCCACAAGGCGAAGUGUAUUAUUACAAUGCUGUUACGGGCGUUACUUCAUGGACACGACCUAUCGAUCCAGUACUGACAGCACCAGCAACUCAACAAACGCCUGAUCAAGCUUCCAAUGCGACUGAUUCCAAAAAGAAACAGAAAAAGACAAAGAAACCCAUUCCUGGCACCGAGUGGCUGCUUGUACGAACAUCAGAUGGAUUGGAAUUCUAUUUCGACAAGGCCAACAAAAAAUCAGUUUGGGAGAUGCCAGAGGAAUUGAAGGAACCCAUCGAGAAGCUCAAGGAACAAGAACGUGUGGAAGAGGAGGAAAGUCGCAAGAGGAAGUUGCAAGAACAAGAAGCUGAGGAGAAUGAUGAUUCCAAACGUCCAAAGACUGAUCAAGAGGAGCAAGAACCAGAGGAGACCACAGAAAUGACAGAGGAGGAUAUCAUGUGGCAAUUGCAGAAUAUGGAUCCAGAAGAAAUGGAAGCUAUGGGCAUCAAUGUUGAAGGUGACAACAAAGAACCCACACCUUCAGAGGAAGAACAACAGCAACAGCCACCAGCACCUCAAAAUGAUACUGCAGCACAAGCACAAGAAGCACCAUCAUCAUCAGCACAGCCGAUUGAAAGUAGCACCGGCCCCCAGAUAUCAGAUGAAGAGAAGAUUGAGCUUUUCACACAAAUGUUGACUGAGAAGAAUCUCGAUCCAUUCUCCACAUGGGAAAAGGAACUACCCAAAUUCAUCAAUGACGAGAGAUAUGCAUUGCUCCCACAUGGCAAGCGAAAGAACCUGUUCAACAACUAUUGUCGUGUGCUGGCAGAGGAACAAAAAGCAAAACGACCACAGAAGAAGUCACCCGAAGAGGAAUUCAUGUCACUUUUGACACAAGAAGCCACCACCAAGAUGUAUUGGGAUGAUUUUCGUCGAAAGGCAAAGAAUGAUCCUCGUUUCAAGGCCAUCCGUGAAUCAAAGACGCGCGAAGCAAUGUUCAGAGACUAUGUGAAAAAGCUGCGCAAGGAGAAGGAAUCGGGUGGAUCAUCACGACAAAGAGAAGCUGCAUACAAUGAAUUAUUACGGGAGACCAAAGAUAUCCAGCCUGGAAUGAGGUGGCGUGAUGCCAAGUUGAUAUUGGAAAAGGACAACCGUUACCAUGCCAUUGAAUCCAAAAGAUUACGCGAGGAUCUUUUCCGUGACUACUUAGAAGAGCUAGAAGAUAGCAGGGGACGAUGA